UAAUCCUGGUUGUCAGCGAUACUAUAUUAGUCGUCUCACGACGCUGUGAUCAAACAAUACUCAUAUAAUUAAAAUACAUCCAUUAAUCUCGAAUAGCUCAGGUAUACCAUGAAGGCGAUUCUAUUUUGCGCAAUCGUAGUUUUUGCCUGGGCGAGUGGUGAAGAAGAAAAGCAGAUUUGUUCGCCGGGAGCCUGGUUUAAAGUAGAGUGUAAGAACUGCAGUUGUUCCGAGGAUGGGACAGUAUUAGCUUGCAGCGAAAGCCAGUGUCUUGCGGGAAAACCAGCUCAGGGAUUGAACCUUUCCGAUAUCUUUGAUCCCCCAAACUCAUCCUUGCCCCAGCAGUACGGAGAACAUCAAAUUUGUCAACCGGGCACAACGAGGAAAUGGGAAUGCAAUAACUGUCGUUGUAGUUCGGACGGAACUGCGGAAGCUUGUACCAGAAGAUUGUGUCCUAAAGUGCCACGACAUAAACGCGAUGUUCCUUUGCGAUGCGUGCCAAAUUCGACCUUCAUGGAUGAUUGUAAUCGCUGUAUUUGUUCAUCCGAUGGCCGUUUAGCUGGAUGUACCUUGAUGCUCUGCCCCCAAAAAAAUCGAGUAGUUCGAAAACGAGCAAGUUCGGUCGCCGAUCUGGAACCAUAUUCGAUUAAUUGUAAGAUGAAGGGCAUUGUUUUGUUAGGAGUUUUAGCUUUCGUGUACGUCGCUUCUGUUCACGGGGGUGAAAGGGAGUGUGUGGCAAACGCUGUGUUCUACGAAGAUUGCAACUGGUGUUACUGUACUCCUGAAGGGAAGAAGUCUUGCACGCGGAGGGUGUGUUCAACAAUACCUGAUGAAUUCAAGGGCCGCACACGAGAUUUGGAGGAUAAUCUUUCCAAGUACGACGACUGUGAACCAAAGACUACCACUGUCCGUGGAUGUAACAAGUGUUUCUGUACGUAUGGCAGGAAGUGGGCUUGUACACGAAAACUAUGCGAACCUACUGCACUACUUGGGGCUGAACCUGUUCCAGAUGCUCCUGCACCAGAAUGCAUUCCUAAAUCCCGAUCUUACGAUGGCUGUAAUACCUGUUUCUGUUCUGAAUCUGGAAAAUGGGGAUGCACGCAAAAACUUUGCACUACCCAAAAGAUAUCCCUAGACGAUAUCUACGUAGAAUGUGCCCCUAAUACCAAAUACAUCGAAAAUUUUUACUCGUGCACUUGCGAUCAGUACGGUGAAGAGAACAGCGUCCCAAUAUCCGAUUGCUCUGACGAGGAUUCAGAUUCCUCGGAAGAAAGAUUAAUGAAAAUGAAGACCAUCUUGCUGUUGACAUCAUUGAUGCUAUUCACCGCCCUAUCAGUCGAAAGCAGAGGUCACUCCAGAGACUGUGAUCAAAUCUGCAAACCCAACGAUGUAUUCUUCGAGGAUUGUAACCGAUGCGUGUGCAGCGCAGACGGUAAAAGUAAAAGUUGUACGGAAAAAUUUUGCGGGGAUGUUUACACUGAUGACGAAGGUGAACGAAUUUCCAAAGAACCUCCGUACUGGAACUGCUACCCAGGAAGUACCUACAUGGUAGACUGCAACCGCUGCAAGUGCGCUGACGAUGGAUCUGGUCCGGUAGGCUGUACUAAAAUGGCUUGCUUAGGUGAUCGCUAAAUGCAUUUGAAUUGGCAGAAAAUUUAGUUAAAUUUCCGCUAUGUCGCCAAAUAAAAGCCUACGUAAACGAUGAA